AUGACUGUCGAGCAAGGUUCACAGUACGACGCCGACGUCAAGUCCGGCACCAGCGAGAUCGAGGUCGGCGACCAGCAACAUGGCCAGCUCGACUAUUCGGACAAAGAAGAGAAGCAAGCCGUCUGGAAGCUUGAUAUUGUUCUGAUUCCACUCUUGAGUGCCAUCUACUUAUUCUCCUACAUCGAUCGGGGCAAUAUCGGCAACGCAAAGACUGCUGGCAUGACCAAGGAGCUGAGGAUUUCAAGCUCGGAAUACGGCUGGCUCAUAUCGAUCUACUAUAUCGCCUACAUAUGUUUUCACUGGACGAUUCUUGUCUGGAAGGUCGUCGACCCCCCAACAUGGGUAGCAAUCAUGGCCCUCGGGUUUGGUGGCCUAAGCAUGAUACAAGGAGCUGCCAACAACUGGAGUGGGCUGAUGGCGCUUCGCUUUCUCAUCGGCGUGUUUGAGGCUGGCUAUGGCCCAGGCGUUGCCUUCUUCCUCUCCUGGUUCUACUCACGGUCAGAGAUGGCACUGCGCUACGGUCUCUUUAUCGGCGCGUCUGCCCUCGCGAAUGCCAUCGCGUCGUCGCUUGCUUACGGCAUCGUUCAAGCGAAUGCUGCCAUCAGCGACUGGCGGCUGCUCUUCAUCGUUGAAGGCACACCAACGCUUGUUAUUGCCGUCAUAGCAUACUUCCUGAUUCCUAGAGGCCCGGCAUCGGUCAGAUUUCUGAGUCGCCGUCACAAUGCCAUCGUUGCGGACAGGGCUAUCAAGGCGCGCGGGGAAAUCGCCAACGAGGGCAAGGUGAGCAUCACCGAAGCGCUCAAGGUCUUCCUCGACUACAAAUGCUGGAUGCAGGCAUGCAUCAUCUUCUGUUUCAACUCAUCGUUCGGCUCCCUCCCAGCGUUUCUACCAACCAUCAUCAAAGAAAUGGGCUUCACAUCCAUUCGGGCGCAAGGGUUGUCGGCUCCACCCUACCUGGCAGCAUACGUGCUCUGCAUUUCGCUUUCGUUCCUUUCGGAUCGCCUGAAGAGCCGGGGCCUCCUGAUCGGCAUCUUUGCCUACAUUGGUGCAGCCGGCUACCUGAUGCUGCGCCUCUCCGAGACUACGGCAACGCGGUACGGCGCAGUGUAUUUGGUCACUUGCGGCGUGUUUCCUUGCAUCGGCCUCACCUUCUCUUGGGUCACAGACAACCAGAUGUCUUCCAACCGUCGUGGCGCUGGACUGGCUCUUUUCGGAAUGAUCGGCCAAUGCGGCAGUUUCCUCGGUGCGAAUAUUUUCCCCGACGAGACUGCUCCAUUCUUUCACUACGGUAUGAGCAUCAUCACAGGUGUGUUGUUCGCGGGUGGCACUCUUGCACUGCUGCUCAGUGCGGCACUUCGGUUCGAGAAUAGGCGCAAGACGAGAAAUGGUGAGAUUGAUCCAAACAAGCUCUUUGUACCGUAA